AUGGAGUUACUUCUUUUCCUCUUUUUAGCUUCUCUUCUUAUCUGCAAUACAAUAAUUGCUGAUCAAAAUACUAAGCCUUAUGUUGUUUAUAUGGGAAAUCCAAUUUCAUCACCAAACAACAUUGAUGUAGAUGAAGAAAUACCUGAAUCAUUUCAUCUUCAGUUACUAUCAUCAAUCAUUCCAAGUGAAGAAAGUGAGAGGAUAAAACUUAUCCACCAUUACAGUCAUGCUUUUAGUGGAUUUUGUGCCAUGCUUACUGAGAAUGAAGCUUCUGCAUUGUCUGGACACGAUGGUGUGGUGUCGUUGUUCCCAGAUCCAAUUUUAGAAUUGCAUACAACAAGAUCUUGGGAUUUUUUAGAUUCAGAUUUGGGAAUGAAACCUCCUGUGAUUACUCCCAAACAUUCAUCAAAUGAUAUAAUCAUUGCUCUCAUUGACACAGGGAUAUGGCCAGAGUCACCAAGUUUUAGAGAUGAGGGUAUAGGCAAGAUUCCUUCAAGAUGGAAAGGAGUUUGCAUGGAAGGCCUUGAUUUCAAGAAAUCUAAUUGCAACAGAAAACUGAUAGGUGCGAGAUACUAUAAUACACAAGAUAUAUCAAAUAGCAACAAAACUCAUAUUGAAGGAGCCAAAGGUUCACCAAGAGAUUCUGUUGGACAUGGAACUCACACUGCGUCAACAGCAGCGGGUGUAUUUGUAAACAAUGCUACUUAUUAUGGUUUAGCAAAAGGAACAGCGAGAGGUGGUUCACCUUCUACUAGAAUUGCAGCCUAUAAAACAUGUUCAGAAGAAGGUUGUUCAGGUUCGACGAUACUAAAGGCUAUGGACGAUGCAAUCAGGGAUGGAGUGGAUAUAAUCUCGAUCUCUGUCGGACUUAGUUCGCUAAUGCAGUCUGAUUAUUUGAAUGAUCCAAUAGCUAUUGGAGCAUUUCAUGCUGAACAAAGGGGGGUUAUGGUGGUGUGUUCAGCGGGGAAUGAUGGUCCUGAUCCUUAUACUGUUGUGAAUACAGCACCAUGGAUAUUUACAGUUUCGGCUUCUAAUAUUGAUAGGAACUUUCGGUCAACCGUUGUCCUUGGAAAUGGAAAAACUUUCCAAGGUGCUGGCAUUAACUUCUCAAACCUUACUCGCUCAACAAUGCACUCUCUUGUCUUUGGAGAGGAAAUUGCAGCCAAAUUCGCGCCAACAUCAGAAGCUAAGAAUUGUUAUCCUGGAUCACUAGAUUAUACCAAAGUAGCAGGAAAAAUUGUUGUUUGUGUUAACGAUGAUCCAAAUAUUUCAAGGCGCGUCAAGAAGCUAGUUUUACAAGAUGCAAGAGCCACGGGGAUGAUACUAGUCGACGAGAACAAUAGAGAUGUUUCCUUUGAUGCAGGUGCAUUUCCUUUCACAGAGAUUGGAAAUCUUGAAUGGCAUCAGAUCCUUCAGUACAUAAACUCUACCAAGAAUCCAACUGCAACAAUUCUUCCAACAACCGAAGUUCCUAGAUAUAGGCCUGCACCAAUUGUUGCAUCCUUUUCAUCCAGAGGUCCUUCUAGCCUUACAGAAAACAUUCUCAAGCCUGAUGUCAUGGCUCCAGGAGUUGCCAUUUUGGCUGCCAUGGUUCCCAAAAGUGAUGAGCCAGGAAGUGUUCCAAUUGGUGAAAAGCCGUCCUUAUUUGGCAUAAAAUCCGGUACAUCUAUGGCAUGCCCGCAUGUGACAGGUGCUGCAGCAUUCAUCAAAUCAGUACAUGGAAGAUGGAGUCCUUCAAUGAUCAAAUCAGCAUUAAUGACAACAGCUACAACCUACAAUAACAUGAAGAAGCUGGUGACCAACAACUCAAACUACAUUGCCAACCCACACGAAAUGGGAGUUGGAGAAAUCAAUCCACUCAAAGCUCUCAACCCUGGUUUAGUCUUCGAAACAAAUGUACAAGACUACAUCAGAUUCCUUUGUUAUUAUGGCUACUCAAAGAAAAUCAUAAGCUCAUUAUCUAAAACCAAUGUAACUUGCCCAAAAACCUCACAAGAUCUUAUAUCCAACAUCAACUACCCAUCAAUCUCUAUACAAACACUCAAAAGAAAUCAAAAAGUAAAAGUGAUCACAAGAACAGUCACCAAUGUGGGAAAUUUUAAUGCUACAUAUGUUGCAAAGGUGCAUGCACCUGAAGGAAUGGUUGUUAAUGUCUUCCCCAACAAACUUGUGUUUUCAGAGAAUGUUGAAAGAAUUACAUAUAAAGUCUCAUUCUAUGCCAGAGAAGCUCGUGGUGGAUACAAUUUUGGGUCUAUAACAUGGCUUGAUGGUCGACACUAUGUUCAUACAGUAUUUGCAGUCAAAGUUGAAUAA